AAGAACGGACGGCCUAAUGUAUAGAGCCGCUCCCCGGUCCCACAAGCCGUUCCAGAUAAAUAUACAGAGUAAUCCUCCAUCGCUGUCGAAUCCACACAGAGCACAAGCGACACCCAGGCCAGAGCCCACACAAUGGCAAGGAGAACAACUGCCCAAGUCCCAGACGCCUGGGAGGACGAGGACUGGGAAGUACAAGCGGACAAAGCUGCCGCAGUUCCUGACGAGGAGAGAGGGCGUGAACCGUUAAAGGCACAGCAAUUGAGCAAGGCAGAGCGGUUAGCACAGCACGCCGAGUCCAACCGAAAACUAUGGGAGUCAGCCGACGCGCCAUCCCCCGAGCCGCCCUCGUUUCACUACAUCGCCUCGCGGUCUGAGCCGCCUCUCACCAGCACUUUCAAGCCCGCCGUCACCGUGCUCAGCCGCAAGCCGACGCCUAGCGACGGCAGAAACGGCGGCGGCGGCGGCGGCGGCGAAUACGACGACGACGACGCCGACGCGAGGAAGAACGGCGCCCGCCUCACCCCCGAGCAGAUCCUCGCCAAGCAGCAGCGCGAGCGCGACGAGAGGCAACGCCGCUACGACGAGGCGCGCGCCAAGAUCUUCGGCACCAGCAACGACGGCGCCCCGACCGCGACAACGCCUCCUCCCCGAUCGACCGACGGGCGUGGCCCUCGCGGUCGGGCCAGAGGCGGCGGGAGAGGCGGUGGUGCUGCCGCCGCCGGCUACCGGCACAAUAACAAUUACGACAACGGCAACCAGCGGCCGGGCCCCCAACUCGGGACAGGGGGAGCAGGCGCUGGCGCUGGCGGCCGAGAGCUUUACGACCCAAACUACUCUCCCAUGCCCGGCUCCCAUUUCGAACGACGGGGCAAUAGCCACGGCCGACGCUCCCCGGCUGCCGCCCCGCGGGACGAGAACCAAGCCAUCCGCGCCCCGCGUGGUCCGGACGGGACUGGGAGAGGAGGAUUCGGCUUUGCACGACACCCCGGCUCCAAAGACAGCUGAGACUAGCUGAUUGAUUGUUGUGGCUGAUUGACUGAAUUACUACUACUACUACCGCUACUAUUCCUACUACUUCACUUACCACCCACAAU